AUGUACACGAGGACUGCGUCGCGUGUGCCGCCGGUACCCGAUCACCGACGUACGCCGAAUAGUCAGACAAACCCGACUGGCGCUCUUGCGGUCGUGUGGAGCCUUUUGUGCACUUCAAUAGACAAAGGUGCAACGUUCGUUGAUCGCCUUGCAUGGAGAUCCCGUGAAUUGUUCUCGAGAAACAGAUCGCUUCCGGAUCAAGUCACCGAUAUCGUUGUGUCAAAAUCCUUUUUGGUCAUCCUAAUAUAA